CGGAGGUGAGAGGGGUGCUCAGGUGGGAAACCGUCUCCUGAAUAAACAGGUGCGGGCGCUGCCCCGGGGCGGCCUUGGCUGCGCACGAGGUCCGAGCAUGAGUAGUCCCGGCGCUAAGGGGUCGCGCCUCUCGCAGCCGAUGGUGAAGAGCGUGCUGGUGUAUCGCAACGGCGACCCCUUCUUCCCGGGGCGCCGCAUUGUCGUCAACGAGAAGAAAGUGUCCAACUUCGAGGUCUUCCUGAAAGAGGUGACGGGCGGGGUGAAGGCGCCCUUUGGAGCUGUGCGUAACAUCUAUACCCCGCGGGGUGGGCAUCGCAUCCGGCAGCUGGAGGAGCUUCAGAGUGGAGAGCAGUAUGUGGCUGGUGGCAGGGAAGCCUUCAAGAAGCUCAACUAUUUGGACAUAGGAGAAACAAAGAAAAAACCUGCAGAGGUCAAUAAUGAGGUGAAGCCAGUUACUCACAGUAGAAUCAAUGUGUCAGCACGGUUUCGAAAACCGCUUCAGGAGCCCUGCACUAUUUUCCUGAUUGCUAAUGGAGACCUUAUUAGUCCUGUAGUGCGCCUCCUCAUUCCCAGGAAAACACUGAAUCAGUGGGAUCAUAUUCUUGAAAUGGUUACAGAAAAAGUUACCCUCAGAAGUGGAGCCGUACACAGACUCUACACUUUAGAUGGAAAACUUAUUCAGAAUGGGUCAGAUUUGGAGAAUGGGCAGUUUUAUGUUGCAGUGGGCAGAGACAAAUUUAAGAAGUUGCCGUAUGGUGAUCUCCUGUUUAGCAAAUCUACAAUAAGAAGGCCACCGGGUUCCAAAGCUUCUUCAUUACCUCCUAUUGUGGGAUCUCGAAAAUCUAAAGGGAGUGGAAACGAUCGACAAUCUAAAUCUACCAUUGGAUCCAGUGACCCAGGAGAAAACAGUUCCUCACCCCAGCCUCCAAAAGGGAAGGACAGAAGAAGCCAGAACCAAGAGGUGAAGUCUACAAAAGUGAAACAGACAACAAGAGUAACAGCUUCCACAGUAGUCCUUCAAGAUAACGAUGAAGGUAUUUACAAAGCUGGAGAGGAGCGAUCUGAAAUGUGGGGAGCAGCUGAAGUGCAGGAAGAUGAAGACACUUGUGUAGAAGUUCCACUGGACCAGAGACCAGCAGAAACUGUGGAUGAAGAAGAAAAUGCAGAAGAAGAAAAAGACAGGGAAGAGGAGGCCUAUAAAGGAAGGGAAGAAUAUCCAGAAGUGAAUAGAAAGGAAAGUGGGGAAGCCAUUACAGAAGAAAGAGAAGUGGAAGAAAAUGAGAAAAAGUUAAAUGAGAAUUAUGAAGACAAACCAGAAGAAGGAGAGAACGUUGACCAAGCAGAGGAAGAGGAGCUCACCUAUUUAAAUGGCAAGACAAAUGAAGAAAGUGGUGAGGAAAUAGAGCAGCUGAACAAUCAAAGUGACCUUCAGCCUGAAGAAGAAAUAAAAGAACAAGAGGAUUCUGACAGUCAGAACCAGGUUGGUUCCCAUCAUGAAAGAACAACCACAAAUCCAAGGGUGACAAUCACCAGCCCACAGGAAAGUGAAAAAAAUGACCAGACCAAUGACUAUGCUGCAGUUGCAUAGAUACAAAAAAUGCAAUGAGCAGAGAAUGAAGGAUUGCAAUAUUUUAAAUUUAGAGGGUGUUAUUGUUUAGGAUUGAUAAUUUAUAAUGGCAAGAUGAGUACCACAUCUUGAGUCUUGAGAUGAUAAUGCUAUAUGGAUUGACAUAGAUAAUGAAUAUUAAUACCUAUUAAAAGAGAAUUGAAUUAUUUUUACAAGAUGUGACUUUCUGAUGGAAUUUGAGAGGGGGAAAUAUAGGACUUCUCUAUAGUAAUAUUAUAAAUAAAUAAACUAUUCUGUAUUAUAAGGUGGUCAACAGUGCUAGAAUCAACCAUACCUAUGACAUUGUUCCAAAAUGCUUAAAAGGUGGGGGGAAGAACCAACCCUGAGUUAGAUGUCAGAACUUCUUUAUAGGUUUGUUUAGAAAAGAGAUAUACUUGUGACUUUUACUGAGAACAUGUGUAGUUUUCUUUUAGAUUCCACACAAUACACGUUUUCCAGGCAUAGCAUUAGGAUAUAAUGGAAUAGGUUCUUCACUCAGUGGACUCAUGCACACUAGAAAAUGGUGUAAUAGAGUGAUGAGUCAGUCCUAAUGUUACUGAAUAGAGGCUUUCCAGUAUAUUCUUUAGAAUCAUUAGUAUUUGCAUUCAAAAAUAUCACUUACUUAGUACUGUGAAUGUAUGCAGACAGCCUACAAUACCAUAGCUUGUUCCCACUUGCAGCAAGAAGCUUUGU